GGUCAGCACUGACCUGCGUGUGCGCAUGUGUGUCUGUGAUUGCACGAGGGGAAAGUGUCUGACAGAGAAAGUGUGUGUGUGCGGCUGGGGAUUUUUUGACUGUCCCAAUUUCUAUCAGUGGGGGUGGAGGGCUGAUCUGUAUAAAGGGCCAGGUCUCAGAGUCGUCUUCACAACAGCACCUGCUCACAGGUUAGUGAACACGCUCGGAUGCAGCAGCUUCAUUUAACUCUAAGUGUUCAGCAUAACUUACAUUGUGCUUCUGUCUUGCAGCUUAAAACUUACACCAAACAAGUGGAUUAAGGUCGUUCCUCUGCCUGCACCAUGAAGCUCGAUACUGCCGCACAUGGCUCAUUCCUUCGUCCAGCAGUCGGUGCUGCCGCUGCCUUUAUCCUCUUACUUGUGAUUGGCUGGACUGAGCCGGCAGCAGCCCAUCCAGCUCACCAGUCCCUCAGCAGCCCGCUACGAGACCCCAAGACACAUGACGCCGUCCGAGAAGUGUCGCAAAAUGCUCAGAAGUUGGAGCUGGAGGAGGACACCAGCGUCAGACUGAUACCCAGAACGGACGAGUCGGACCACAUGAAAAUCUGCUGCCUUCACGCCAACAUCCUCAACUUCUACCUGAACAACAUCCUGCAUCACCAUGGCAACCAGCAUCCCAGGAUGCACCAGCUGAAGACGGACCUCCACCGCAUCAGCGAGGACCUGCAGACCAGUGGCUGCAAUGUAACUCACUACCACGACCAUCAACACACUGUGGAGUUCCGCAAGAAGCUCGAAAAGAUGGAGCGCGAGCGUGGCAUAAACAAAGCAGUGGGAGAGAUCGACAUCUUGUUCACCUACCUCGUCGAUAACUGCGUGCAGUAAUGCUUUACGACACCUCAACUGAUUCAUUUUUAUCUCAUUCAAACUUUUUUUAAGCCACAACUUUUAUACUUAUUUAUUUAUCUAUUUAAAUUGAGAGCUUAUUUAAGUAUUUAAAUAUCCAUGUUAAGUAUUAAUAUUAAUUGAUAAGUUGAUCAGUUUAUUGAUCAGAGUUUUUCAAUGCUGGAUCUGAACGGACUGGUGUUGAUGAUGUUGCCAUGUAAUGGCUGAUUACUACUAAAAGGUGUUACAGUAUUUAAAUAUUUAUGUUCAACAA